CAGAGGACGUGGGGUUGGUUAUGACUGCCAAGACAUCCCGUUCUCACGUUGAAACUGGAGUUACAGCUAUUGGCUGUUAAUGCUACUUACUUCCAGGUAAGCGUGCGUAGGAUACAAAAGCCCGGGCGGCGGUCAUACUGCUUGUGUGCGCCGGGGUGUCUUUUUAAAAAAUGUUAAAGGCACAAUAUAGGUCCAUUCCUUUCCUACUGCAACCCGAUCCAAUGCAUUUACUGGCAAGUAAGUCCCACUGAGGCCCGCGGUCUCUGCUGCCAAGUAUGCGCGAAUAAGACUGCGGCGUUACUACCAGACGGUUAUCGAGGGCUCGAAUCACACUCGCAGCGGGCGAGUCCAGCGGCCUUUCGCUCUUCUGCCGCUGCAGCAGCAACAGGCACUUCCCCGGGCUCGGCCAGAGGAGCUGUUCUGCUGCAGCCAGCGCCUCCCUCAGCCUUUCAGCGAGUCCCUCCCUGCAGCAACCGCGCUUGGCCCUUCUCAACAACAACAACACGGUACGGAGCGCGGCGCCGACCAGAGAAGAGGGCAGAGAAAAUGGCGCCUCCGCCGGUCAAAGGGGCGCUCGGCAGCCUCUGCUGAGGGAGGGGCGGCGGGAGGUAGGCCGGGCUCUGGCGCCGGUGGCAGUAGGCAGGGCCGGGGUAUGCGGCAGCGGCUUCCGCAGCUGAUUCCUCUCCUCAGCAGGACUUUGCCGCUUGCCUGUGGCCUCCGGUGUCUUCCUCCUCCGAUUCUGCGGCGGCUCUUCCUUCCUGGACUUCAGCAGCAGAUGCACAACAAAAUGAAUGAUCCAGCUAUCAAAAGAAUAGCCUCUGAUAUUAUCAAAUCACCUGAGGAUAAACGAGAGUAUCGUGGGCUAGAACUUGCAAAUGGAAUCAAGGCAAUACUUAUCAGUGACCCCACUACAGACAAGUCUUCAGCUGCGCUUGAUGUACACAUAGGAUCACUAUCAGAUCCACGUAAUAUUGCAGGAUUAAGUCACUUUUGUGAACAUAUGCUGUUCUUGGGAACAAAAAAAUACCCCAAAGAAAAUGAAUACAGCCAGUUUCUUAGUGAACAUGCAGGGAGUUCAAACGCUUUUACCAGUGGAGAGCACACCAACUAUUACUUUGAUGUUUCACAUGAACAUCUGGAAGGUGCACUGGACAGGUUUGCACAGUUUUUCUUGUGCCCUCUGUUUGAUGAAAACUGCAAAGACCGAGAAGUAAAUGCGGUUGAUUCUGAGCACGAGAAGAACUUAAUGAAUGAUGCCUGGAGACUCUCUCAGCUGCAGAAGGCAACUGGAAACCCCAAUCACCCCUUCAGCGUAUUUGGAACAGGAAACAAAUUCACUUUGGAAACAAGACCAAACCAAGAAGGAAUAGAUGUCAGAGAAGAGCUAUUGAAGUUUCACUCCACAUAUUAUUCAUCAAAUUUAAUGGCCAUCUGUGUUCUAGGGCGAGAAUCGCUAGACGAGUUGACCAACUUGAUAGUGAAGCUGUUCUCUGAAGUAGAGAACAAAAAUGUUCCAAUACCAGAAUUCCCUGAACAUCCUUUCCAGGAAGAACAUCUUCGGCAAUGUUACAAAGUGGUACCUAUUAAAGACAUCAGAAAUCUUUAUGUCACGUUUCCUAUACCAGACCUUCGGAAGUAUUAUAAGCCAAACCCUGGUCAUUAUCUUGGUCACCUUAUUGGACACGAAGGUCCAGGUAGUCUUUUAUCGGAACUCAAAGCUAAAGGCUGGGUAAAUACACUGGUUGGAGGACAAAAAGAAGGUGCUAGAGGUUUCAUGUUUUUCAUCAUUAAUGUUGACCUCACCGAAGAAGGACUCUUACACGUGGAUGAUAUUAUUUUGCACAUGUUCCAGUAUAUACAAAAGCUGAGAACAGAAGGACCUCAAGAAUGGGUUUUUCAGGAAUGCAAGGAUCUAAAUGCCGUAGCCUUCAGAUUUAAGGAUAAGGAAAGGCCCUGUGGUUAUACAUCAAAACUUGCAGGGAUGCUGCAUUACUAUCCUAUAGAAGAAGUCCUUGCUGCUGAAUAUUUACUAGAAGAGUUUAGACCUGAUUUAAUUGAAAUGGUGCUGGAUAAACUGAGACCUGAAAAUCUUCGGGUUGCAAUAGUUUCUAAGACUUUUGAAGGAAAAACUGAUAGAACAGAAAAGUGGUAUGGAACCCAAUACAAGCAAGAAGCAAUUUCUGAUGAAGUAAUUAAGAAAUGGCAAAAUGCUGACCUUAAUGGGAAAUUCAAGCUCCCAAUGAAGAAUGAAUUUAUUCCUACGAACUUUGAAAUUGUACCACUAGAAAAAGAUGCACCGCAGUACCCAACUCUUAUUAAGGACACUGCUUUGAGCAAGCUGUGGUUCAAACAAGAUGACAAAUUUUUCCUGCCUAAAGCAUGUCUCAACUUUGAAUUUUUUAGCCCAUUUGCUUACGUGGAUCCCUUGCAUUGUAACAUGGCCCAUUUGUAUCUUGAGCUUCUCAAAGACUCCCUCAACGAGUAUGCAUAUGCAGCAGAGCUAGCUGGCUUGAACUAUGACCUCCAAAAUACCACCUAUGGGAUGUAUCUUUCUGUAAAAGGUUACAAUGACAAACAACAUAUCUUGCUAAAGAAGAUUAUUGAAAAAAUGGCCACCUUUGAGAUUGAUGAGAAAAGAUUUGAAAUUAUCAAAGAAGAGUACAUGCGAUCACUUAACAACUUUCGAGCUGAACAGCCACACCAGCAUGCCAUGUAUUACCUCCGACUACUGAUGACAGAAGUUGCCUGGACCAAAAAUGAAUUAAAAGAAGCUUUAGAGGAUGUCACUCUUCCCCGCCUCAAGGCCUUUAUAUCUCAGCUGUUGUCACGGUUACACAUUGAAGCACUUCUCCAUGGCAAUAUAACAAAACAGGCUGCAUUAGGAAUUAUGCAGAUGGUGGAAGACACUUUCAUUGAGCAUGCUCAUACAAAGCCUCUGCUUCCCAGCCAGCUAGUGAGAUACAGAGAAGUACAGCUGCCUGACCGGGGUUGGUUUGUCUAUCAACAAAGGAACGAAGUUCAUAAUAAUUGUGGUAUAGAAAUAUAUUAUCAAACAGAUAUGCAGAGCACCUCAGAGAACAUGUUUCUGGAGCUCUUCUGUCAAAUUAUCUCAGAGCCUUGCUUCAACACUCUGCGCACAAAGGAACAAUUAGGUUACAUUGUGUUCAGUGGUCCACGCAGGGCUAAUGGUAUCCAAGGACUGCGAUUUAUCAUUCAGUCAGAAAAGCCUCCACACUACUUGGAGAGCAGGGUUGAAGCUUUCUUAAAAACGAUGGAGAAAUGCGUUGAGGAAAUGUCAGAGGAAGCCUUCCAGAAGCACAUCCAGGCAUUAGCGAUUCGCCGCCUUGACAAACCAAAGAUGCUGUCAGCUGAGUGUGCAAAAUACUGGGGAGAAAUAAUUUCCCAACAAUAUAACUUUGACAGAGAUAACAUUGAAGUGGCGUAUCUUAAAACUCUUACUAAGGAUGAUAUCAUGCACUUUUACAAGAGGAUGUUGGCUGUAGAUGCCCCAAGAAGACAUAAAGUAUCAGUACAUGUACUAGCACGGGAAAUGGACUCCUGCCCAGUUGUGGGAGAAUUUCCAAGCCAAAAUGAUGUCAAACUGGCAGCGGCACCACCACUGCCACAGCCGGACGUGAUUCAAAAUGUGACAGAGUUCAAGCGCAGCCUGCCACUCUUUCCUCUGGUGAAACCACAUAUCAAUUUCAUGGCUGCAAAACUGUGAAGACUCUUGGGCAAAGAACUAGAAGUGGAUCAGUACUUGUGUUACUUCAGUGGGUUUUGAAAUAAAAACGUCUUACAAGGACAAACAAUCCCAUCCGUUGCAUGGGUCCCUGAUUCCUUCUAGGUUCAUUCAACAUUAAUGGUGUGAUAAGGAUACAGCAAUUAGACAAAUAGGCUGUAGACAUGCGUCAUUUUUAUUAUAGAGCCACUCUUGGAAAUCAAAAUCAAGUGGUAUAUUCUCAAAGGUCCUUGUAGGUAUGGUAUAUUUUACAAUAGUGUGUCCUUUUUAAAGGUUUUGUUUUGCAUAAUGGAAUAUGAAGAAGCUUUCUGAACAAACUGGCAUUACUUAAAAUGUUUUUUCUUAUGAAAGGUCAUUAAAGAUUAAGCAUUUGGGUAGAUGUUUUAUUUGAAAGGAACAUGUUGACUUAUUUGCAGGAAAGAGUGUUGAUUGAUACCUUCUAAAAUUGAUUGUCAAUAAAACCAAUCAUUUAGAUUGUGUGUGGAUCAGUGGAAAACAGAAUUUGGCAACAAAAAUGUGAUUCACAGAUGAAUUUGUGAGGUAUAUUGAGAUGGUUUGAAUCUUUAUACACGUUUGAAGACAUUUUAUAUUCAGACUAAUAAAAUGCUGGAAACAC